AUGCAAACUAACACAUGCAUUUAUAAAAGAAGAAUAACCUUCUCUUUUCCUGAUUGCCCUUUAUCCCCUUUUCGCCUUUAUAUUUCUUACCAUAUACUCACUUCCAUUAAGUCAAUCUUCCCUUUGAUGUUUUCAACCUUCUUUAUAGGAAAAAGCCCAAACCCCAUUGUUUUAGUUUAAUUCUCUUCAUCUUCUUCUUCGUGUAACAAGUCUAAAGUUUGCUUCUUUUUCUUAAUCCAUGGAUCAUGGGAGACAUCAUUCCUCAGGGCAUGAGAGCCAUGGAGUUCAUUUGUGUCACAAAUGUGGGUGGCCAUUUCCAAACCCACAUCCUAGUGCAAAACACAGGCGUGCCCACAAGAAGAUUUGUGGUACCAUUGAAGGCUUCAAGCUGGUUCCCUCGGCUGAACAAAUAACACGUACAAAUGGUUCUGAUGACGAACCAGUUCCAUAUGAUGAUCACAAAAACCCAAAUGCUGCAAUGGAGUUUCAAGAUGGUAGAUUUGGUGUUGGAAGGCAGGACAGUUUGGAUAAUGUUGGCAAACCAGACACGGUUGCUGAAAAGGAUCUUCCUGCUACCAUUUCUUUAAAACAUUUAGAAGAUUCUGAUAUUGUGCAACCACCACAGAAUUCAGCUGAAAGUAGCCAAAACAAAAAUCCUUUUACGAAAAGCAUGCUUUUUGUGUCAAAUGGCACACUAGAGCACCUAGAUGUUGGCUUGAGCUAUAGUAAGGAUUCCGAGGAUAGAACUGCUUCUGUUAGUGGUGUUGUUCCAACCGAAGCGGAAACACUAAAAGGUGUCCCCGAAGAGAGCAGGGAAGUUGGUGCUGGUGCUAGUGCUGCAGAAUGCUCUGUUGAGCAGCCAACUAAUACAAAUGGAAAUGAAGAAGGCAAGUUAAAUGCAAACCUCUUGGAUGGCUUGAUUCUUCCAAGCGAACAAGCUGCUGGUGAAGUAUCGAGAACAGUGCCUACUUCGGAAAAGACAUUAGGUUUAACUUUAGAUAUUUUUCAGUUGAAUGAAGAUUUCAGUGAUAGGUUGGCUUCCAAGACAUCCAUGAACGAAACUGGUGAGCAAGAAGAGACUGGUGGUAAUGGAAACCCAGGAACGGGUAUAGAAAGAAAUGUAAUAGAUAUUGUGACAUUGAACAGUGAGGGUAUAACUUCUGUGACUGAAUCAGCUGAAAAAACUGUUGAACCAUCUGUAGAAGUCCACGACUCUGUUUUACAGGACAAACCUGAUACUGCUCUAACAAAUCAGCUGUAUGAAGACAUUGAGAUAGAUGCUUCGUAUAUGCAUGUUGCCAAAGACAGCUACGAACUUGGCGGAAACCACGAGGCUAUUGUUAAAGAAGUGCUUUUUGAGGGGAAAGCUGGUUUGCUUCAAGACCGUAAAUGGUCUGAUGAACUGCCUCCUGUUGAUGCCGAUUCAACUGAGAAUGAGAAGGACCAGGAAGUUGGCUCUCUUCAAGAACAACAGCCUGUUUAUGUUGCUGAUGAUUUAGAUCCAACAGGUUUCUUGGGAAGCAUGAUAAAUGAUUUACCUGAGGGGAAACCAUUGGUUGUGGAUGCUGAUAUUGAGGCAGGAAGGUUAAAUAAUGUAGUUGGCGAGGAUGUUAUCUGUGUUCCCAAUGAUAAUCUUGGAAGAAUUGAUGAUCAGACUUAUGUGAAAAACUCAUCAUGUGAAUCUAUGAAUAAUUCUUCUCCAUCUCAUACUAAUCCAGCAUCCAAUUUGCUUGAAGUUGACAAUUCUGAUGAUAUUGGUGAAAAGAAAACCGAAAAACAUGAUAUCAAUGUAGUUGAAAGUGGUGACGAAAUAGAGGAUUUAAUAAAGGCCAACUCUACAUCUCAAUCCCCAGAUGUCAUAGAGGAAGUGAACAAGACUAAAGGCCCACACUUGGAUAUGGUUUCAGACAGGGAAUAUGAAGAACUCGAACUAAGUAUGGAUUAUAAGAUACAGGGAGAGGGUGCUGGCGAAGAUCUUGUGUCUUUUGCAGUAGACAACAAUGGAGGAGGAAAUGGGUUUGAGAGAACUUCAAUAGACCAAUCGAAGAAAGAGUUGAUGCAUUCUCUUUCGUAUUCCAACCCUACCAGUCAAAAUUCUGGUGCUGUUGAUGAUAACCAUACCAGAGAGUCUGGACUAGAUGCAUUCGGGACUAGUACGGUAAUUUUGCAAGGAGAGGCUGAUAAUGGUCCUAUUAAACCUCAACCUGAUACAACUGUAGGUGAUGUUUCAAUUGGAUCCAGUAGUCAUACUGAUAGUUUGGAAGCUCACUGGGGAUCUAUUUCAGUUCUUUCAACCCAAUCGGAUGCCUUUUCCGAGGCAGAGAAAACCAAGAAAUCAAAAGCUGUAUCUAAGCAGCAUUUUGAUACGUCCGAUGAAUUUGAGCCACCAUCUUUCAUGACACUGGUUGAGCCUGGAGGUAGCAACGAAAAAUCCACUAUUUCUGAAAUUCAGGCAGUACAAACUGCUGAAAGCACUCGAACGAUACCUUUGCAAGCUGGCUGGUUUCCUUCUGUUACUCAUGGUGCAAAUGAGUCUCUGGGAAGAAAGAAGAACGAAGAGAUCAUAAAAAAAGUAACCAACUGGAAUGCAAAGCAACACACUCCAUUGAAGAACUUACUUUCUGAAUCCAACAGUGAAACAAAACCGAUGUCCCCGAAUUCAAAACAAAGCGCCACACCAGUUGUAGGUCGAAAUUAUGAUAAAGUAGGUGAAGAUAAUGAAGAUAUGGGAGGUAAAGCUAGCUCAACUGCGGGCCCUGAAACACCAGUAGCUGAGCCAACUAACAUUGAAGUAGAGAAAGAAUGGAGUUCGCCGGCAAGGUUCCCGGCUGAGAUUAAGCGAGGGAAAAGGAGAGUAAAAGGUAGGCCACUGUGGUUUCAAUUUGUAUGCUGCUCAUCUAUAAAUUAGGAUCAUAAAAUGCUCAAAAGACUUUAAAGUUUAGAGAACAUUAUUGAUUGUAGGUGCUCUCUUCAAUUACUUACAAGUGAAACUGUUUAAGUUCAGGGAUUUGCAUAUAUUUUAGUAAACAAAUCCCAUGUUCUUUGGGUGCAAUAUGUUUGCAAA